GUCACGUUCUGUCCCCGAAGCGCUCUUCGAUGUUUGCCCAGCUCACUGUUUGCGGCAGAACUAAUCACAAACGAUAAAUUUGUGGAAAUAUCCCCUCUGGCUGGAUUUAAACAAGACAAUUAGUUGCCUGGUGUUGGUAGAAGCCGUCAGUGUUCCUAUCACAUAGUGGAACGACAACUAUUGAAGACCGAAGACGUUUUGUCCCGCUACGAUAUUUGCACUACUUCCGAGUUGUGAAAAGUACUCAUUCGACCAGGUCAGAGCUUAAUGUUUCGUCCAUUCAGCAAAAUAUUAUAGUCUAUCAUUUUUAGUUCUUGGGCCUCGUAACGGUCCAUCAAGUACAAAACAAAUUGUGUGCCGUUCAUUUUAAACUCUAUAUUUCCCUUUCUUUGAGGUUUUCAUGACGAUUUAUUGCUUAUUCGAGGAAUUUAGCAGAAAUACAAGAACGAUCUCGUGCUUACCUAACAUUAAUAUUUAUAUUCAAACUUACCUUUAAUUUUAUUAUUUUCCGUUUCUUAUCUUAAUAAUGCUGGUGGUCACAUGGAAAAAAAGGAUCAUGUCUCACACACGGAAUCUUUUAUGCAGCUAACUUUACACAUUGUCGACUACAUCGUGUGCCAUUUUAAUUGCUUACUUUACAAUUGUGCAGGUUCUUAAAAGACAAACGUAAUACUUGCCUCCGCGUGUUUAUGUUUCCGGAUCCCUCAAGAACCUGUAGUCGUUUGAUAAUUUGACGUAGUUGUUUUCCAGAGCAUGGAUGGGCAAAUGUACCCUAAUACUUGAAACCCCCGCGAAGACCAGAGAUUCACUUUUUUCGCUCAUAUAACCAAUCGCUGGGUAGACUGCUUGCAGUCCGCCCUUUCUCUUAAAAUCCGUCUAAUUCUUGCCUGCGUGCAGACGUCUCCUAUUUCCUUUGUUGCACGCGGAAAAGGGACGUCUGCGUAACGCCGUCGCUAAUCGUGUUCCAGCGUCCCGCUGGCAGGGUAUGCUAUUUCGCAUAAAUUGUGAAAUAAUAUCCGGUUAGAAAUAAGAGUUGACAGGCCAAACAAAACAUCAUAAGCUCGUGAUACGGGCGAAACGUGACCUUGAGAGUCUGCUUGAACAGAGGUUUUUCUUCGUUUCUCUCUCGCGCGAAGAUUACUAGAACUACACAGUGCAUGUAGCAUUCUAACCUUUGACUGAGUAAAUCUCAUUUUUGCCGUGCUAAGUCUUCCAUUUAGAGGUCAUGAAGCAGGUUUGUUACAUGCAUACUGAGUAAUCAUUUCCUGUGGUUUAUGCUUCUGUGGGUGUUCCCGAUAGGAUUUGAUUUCAGAUGCAGUUGUAAAGUGUUUAAAUUUUCUUGACCUCUGUUUGUUACGGCUAAAUAAAGAUUUCAGUUUCUUUGGCUGGCUUUCUCCGAAAUGCCUGCCUGGUGCGAAGUCCACGCCGCUUUUGUAGUUUUCUCAGACACUGAGAAAAUAUGAUGCGAUGUGUCAUGCACAGUAAAUUGUCCCUUUUCCGCGUGCGACAAAGGAAAUAGGAGACGUCUGCACGCAGGCAAUCUAAUUCUUGAUCUCAUUCAGCGCGAUUGCAUACCACGAUGUUAUUAUGUAGGGAUCGAGACGAGACGAGAAAAGACGGGUCUCUUAUUUUUCUCUCGUUUCUCGCUGCAAGCGACUUCGCCGCUCGCGUGCUUAGGUUUUGCGUGUAGUAACUUUGCAAAGAAAAAUAAGAGACUGCUCGCAGUCUAAUCGCUUGCCGUCAAUUUCGUGGUUCAUUGAGCGAGCUGUUUUCAUUUACCACCAAGUGAAAGCAAUUUAUCAGCUCCCAAGGAAUUUUAUUAAAUGUGGGCGAUUUAUUUUGUAAAAAUUUGGCGCAUUCGACACACAUCUUACUCGUCAAAGUUCAGACAUGUUUCCCGCAAGUGUUAAGAUCAUUCUCUCUUGGUGUGACACUGAACGAAUCAAUAAGUUUCCUUGCUUCGGGCCAAAGUUUGGUCACCUACAACCUGUCAGUGUGAUCAAUACUGAUAUCAGAAUAUAUGUUUCGGGUGACAUCGCCGAGUAGCGUUUACACACAACUAAUUAUAUACCUCAAGUUAACAAACUCGUUUCAGUACAGAUUAGCUGUGCAAGGAGCCAAAGCGGUUAUGUUACACGAGACGAUUCGCAACGCUGCAAUGUUGGAACAAUGUUGUAACCAUCCGAAACAAUGUCGCAACAAUGUUGCAACGCCGUGUUUCGCUAAUUUAGAAUCGUCGUUGCGAAUGGUCUCGUGUAACGUCGCCUUAAACUGUAGUCUCCCUCGCAGCCGUUUUUAGUAUCGUCACGCAACGCUCCUCCUGUGGGGAGGAGCGUUGCGUGACGAUACUAAAAACGGCUGCGAGGGAGACUACUUUAACUGUGCCUUUACGCCCCGGGCUUUACGCGUAAUUGCAGCAUCCUGAAAAGGCGAUUUCGUGAGCUUGACAGUUUCAAAUCGGAAAUUUACGUUUUAUCUAGAGACCUAGAGUCAAAAUUUACAGUCUAGCGCAUUUCAUCGACACAAUGCUGAGACGCAAACAAAACUGUUUUUAUAGAAACUGACACUUUCGGAGUUUUUCAAUUUCCACUCAACAUUGUUUAUUGUUAAGCUCCUUGCAAACGGACGCAACAUUGAAAACUGCAUGGUAUGGUUAAAUUUUUCGAACGCAUGAUGGUAAUGAAGCAUUUCUCAAAUUUGAAGCCUGAUAAACAUUAACUUAACCCUCAAGCAAAGGAGUUAUAGAUUAAUUAUUAAAACUGAGGGAGGUACUUUUUACCGUAGAGCAAACUUUACAUUUUUAUUUCAUUCGCUGGUUGAACUAUUUUAAGACAAUGAAAGAGAACCACGUCCUCUAGGCUCCGUUUUGCAAAACGUUUAGUUCGUCGAAAAUCAGGUUAUUUAAAACGCUGACCCACUUUAACGUUUUUGGGCGUUUUUGAAGAAACUUGUGGCCCUUUUGACAUUUUAAGGUUGUGACACAAAGUGCAUUUUAAUGUCCGCUGGUAACAAAUUCAACAGACAGUAACCGGAGGAAAUCCAUCAACGUACAUUGAAUUAUCUUUCACUAGAAUUAGCAAGGCUUAAUCGCGGCCUAAAGGGACUGUUAGUCUGGCGAUACUGUAUUUUCCUUUCAACAACAAGAUUCACAACUUUUCUCCACGAAAUCAGACUUUAUAACUUCUCAGCUCAGCAACCGACACAAACGGUAUUCUGUUUUCCACAUCCUUUAGAUUUUAAUCUAAAACUCAGUUUUAUCCAAACCAUGACUGUGAAUUUGAUGGUUUGCGUCUUGGAGGUACAUGACUAUCGCGCGAUACGCGAUAAGCAACCGGCUACAGAUAAUAUCAAAACAUUAACAUUAUGGGCUAAAUAUCACGUAGCAUAGAAAAGCUGGACAAAUUGAUUAUUACUUCUCAAACUUAUUAAUAACUCACAAAGAAAAUACAAAGGAAAUUAAUGUUUAAUGAGUGUUUGGAAAGCAGAUGAAAAACGGCUUAUUUUUUUCCUAACUUGUCCUUCUAAAAUUAUUUUGUUUGAGAAGUAAUAUCAAGCAUUUGACACAGUGUUUCAUUACCAGUUGAAACACCUCGAAGUUCGUCAGGAAUACUCCGCUGGUUCAUCUGGGCCCAGUUGUUCGAAGGCCGAUUAGCGCUUAACCCGGGCUUAAAUUUAACCGAGGUUUCUUUUUCUUGUGUUCAAAAGCAUUUUCUCGGGUAAUUUUCUGUGCUAUUUUUAGAGCUUCCAAUCAUCAACUUGUAGACAAAAAGAAUUAAAACUGAAAUGCUUUCUAAGCUUUCAUAUCUGAAUUCAAAUAUCGCACUAACCCUGGGUUAUCUUAACCCAGCUUUGAACAACUCGGCCCUGGUGAUGAAACACUGCGUCUCAGGCUUGAUAAAUUACAUAACAUUAAGGACACGCACCUCAGAAUUGUUUCGGUGGAAUACAAAGGGCCAAGGGACUGCCAGAAUUUGUUCGCUAAACCGAGGUUUCGUUAUAUCGAGGUUCUUUUUCAUAUAUUUUACUAUUACUGGAGUUCAGAAGAUCGUUCUUCAAACCGAGGACUUCAUUAUAUAGAGGUUCGUUAUAUCGAGGUUCUACUGUAUCUCUCCUUUAAAGCUCAUAAAACUUCUUUUCCUUUUUUGGUCUCGAGAAAGGAUUUGCUUAAACUAAAUACUAUUACAAUUGACAUGAUGACAUCUGAUGUGUUGUCAGAAAAAGACAAAAAAGCGUGCUACCAUAAAGCUACCAUAGUAGCAACAGCCUUUAGGGCUCGUUACUUUCGGGGUGUCGUUACUUUCGGGGACCAAAAACCAUGAAAAAAUCGUUGGCGCUAGCUCUUUCCCGAAAGGAAAAAUAAACAACAUAAUAUUAAAAAAACAAACAUUUAUUUGUGUUAUAUGGUAUUUGUAACAGAGUUACCUACGUACUAAAUACAGCAAUACUCUGAUAAAAAGCGAGAGCAACGUCUUCUCUGAAUGACUUGGGGGAGUAAAGUUAAACUCAGUGCUUUUAGUCCAUGACAAACAAAUGCGUUUUUUAGUGCAAUAUACAGGAGUUUCUGAUACGUUUUAACUGGAAGACACGUUCAUGUUGUUGAUAUGAACUUUAUAUCAGUUAAGUUUUUUACAUUGUGCAAUCUGUGAACUGAUACAUCAUAGCCUGUGUAUAGACACCUUCCCCUCACUUCAACGACUAGUGAUAGUUUCAGGCAUACCAUGUUUGAUCAUGUUUCCCUUGUUGUAAAGUGCGUUAUCGCGAUAAAUUUGCAAAUGCACGAAGACAUUAGUAUUGUACAUUAAAAAUUUGACUAUGGAUUGCAACUGGAAAACAAUAAAGGCAUUCGGUAUGUUUAUAACGUAAAUAAAAAACUUAGUCUCGAUAUUUUUGGGGGACUCGCUACUUUCGGGAGCUCGCUAUUUUCGGGAUUUAUUAGAAGUCAGAAACUUUUGAUGUUAUAUCGGGGGAUCGUAAGGGGGAUCGCUACUAUGGGAACUUUACGGUAAUUCUUUUACAGAGGACUUUUUGUCGCAAACAGUUGUUGGUUAAAACACGAAUUUAAAUGCAAUUGUCAAAACGAAUAUAUAAUCAGUCGACAUAAAAGUUUCUCUUUGAAGCUUCCACAAUUCAGUCAUUGAACUAAAAAUAUGAAAAAAAAGUUUAUUGGCAAACUGGAAAUUCGAGGUAAACAUGUAAAACCAAACACACUCGAGAGCACUGUUCAUGAAUUUUGGAAACUUAAUUUUUUUUCUCUUUCCUAAAUAUACCUGUAUGGCCUAAGGCUAAUUUAAACACGCAAUUUUGACGCCUUUAUUCAUAAUCGCAAAAGUAGAUAAAAGUAAACAAACUAAAAAUACCCGAAAAAAGACAGGUGUCUUUGUCUCUUAGCAGGAAGUUGCCAAUUUUGGUCUUAUUCGCUAAAUUAAGUUUUGAACCGAUAAUUUUCAACUUGCAACAGCCAUUCUGUCGCGGCCAGCCGCCUGCGCGGCUUAUAUUUAUAGGGUUGUUUAUAUUACAACUCUUGACAAUUCAUUUGUCCUGUUUGCAGUUAACCCAGGAUUAAUUAUAGCUAACCACUCAGACGUCGGCCUAGAAGAAACCUAGCCCCUUCCUCAGGGGCUCACAUUUUCAAAUUCUUGCUUGUAUCGAACUUUUAGUUUUAUUUUCAUUUUUCUUUUAGCCCCUGAAGAAGGUUUGUUUUCAAACCGAAAUACUGGGCAGUUUGUUUAAAUAUAUAUUUUUUGUCUGAUUCUUUUGUCUACUUCUUCAUCGCCUUGCCGUAAGGAUCAGUUUGCUGUUUCAUAUUUUUCUAGGAGAAUUACCUCAUGUUGCUAAGCAACGUCUUCAUUGCGAUUGAUAUCAUAUUCACUACCUGCAAGAGAGGAAACCCCUUCAGAUAACUCUUAUUACAACUGCGCCGGUAGAGAACUAUUCUCUUCUUUAAAUCAUGCACAUAAAAAAAGAGCGUCAUUGCCAUGCCAACACCGCAGAUAAACUAACGUACUCUUAUUCCGUAGACUGAAGAUUAAGUCCUGUUUUUUAGAGUUAUCACUCAUUUCCACCGUCUAAAAUGACCUUACAAGAAACCGUUUAAGUGUUUGAGUCCUGCAGUAGAACCUAAAUUUUAAAUUGUAGUGAGUAAUAAGGCCAUGUUAUAGUUGCCUGCUGAAUAUCAUCCUCACUAAGAGUGUCAGCGAGGCUGGGGAUUAUCCUGUUUCGAUCGAAUCUUCACCGCUUUUCUAGCGUAGAUGUAGUCACCUAAAACGUGACGUCAUAAUGAUAUUCACAAAAAUUCUAAAUGGGGUAGGAAUUGUUGAUUACAACUAAGUUUGAACCAUGUGUAAAUGAUUGUUUUACCGUACGAAUUUUUUCCGUGGACGGAGCGGAGAGCAUUUUCAAUUUCUAAAAAAGAUAUUAACAGGUGAAAAGUGUCACGUGACCUACUUUCUAAUUAAAUAAAAACGUGAGUUAACCAUUCUGGCCAGCCAGAUUCAAGCGAGAAAUGAUGAUACAAUAACAGAAAUACUGUGUGGCGUCUCGCCACCCCAUUUUUAGUUUUCUUUUCUUUCCUGGACUCGACCAUAAGUGGUCACGUGACACAGAUAUCUGAUUUCUUACGCUACAGAAAAAUUAAGGUUACCAAUUUUUUCAAGGUUGCCAAAUUUUGGAAGGUUAUGAUAAAUUUUCACAAAGUUAUGAUCAUUAUAAGAUUUUUUGCAAAUUAGCCUCAGGCCAUGCAUGCUUUAACAUGCUUGGGAAUGGAAAGAAUGUCGAGAAAACGUCUCUAAGUACCAUACAAGUCUGACUUGAGCUAUACCAAAGAGGUUCAUUUGUAAUAAAGUCAAUUUGAUUGAGGAUCAAGGUCAAGUUGCGCAUAAACAAUAAGUUAGGAAAGCAUUUUUAGUACAGAGUCACUAUAACCACCGCAGGAAGAGUGGUAUAUGCUUCUUACUUUUAAGUCUUAAUCCCUUAAUAUCUGUUAAUAUUCAAUGCAAUUAUUAACUCAAGAGCAGAAUUUCUGUUGAUACAAUGGUAUACGUAAUUUACCGUCAAGGAAGAAUUCGCUUUUUGUGCCAAAGUCUGGGUUAAAUUAUCGUUUACCUGACCGACCUUUUUUAAAGUCAGCUGGCUUGGCCAAAAGCGCGGGAGUUUCAACUGCGGUUUAAGCAAACACCCAUUAGAAUAAAAAAGGUGUUAUUGGCUUUCAAAAUAUGUUGUUGAUGUAAAACCUUGAAAUGAAUCCGUAACAAGGUGAAGGCUGUCGUAUUUUUAUCACACAACUUUUAAUUAUAACUUCUAAACGAUUUUGAUUGAAAUUAUAUAACGCCUCAUCAUGAAACUUCAUGAAAAGUGAGUUUUUACAAAGGAAUACGCCAACUUUAUUGAUGUCAGAAGAGAACAAAAAAUAUAUAUUUUUUAUUUAUUUACCGUUUUUAGUAGAGAAAAAUGACCACAUAUCCUCUUAAGCACAACUAUACAUUUUUAUGGACAAUUAGUAAGGAGUCAAGGAGUUUUUAAAAAUGAAUUUGUCAUUCAGUGAGAAAUAAUGUUUUGAUAGUUUUGAAAUUUUUUUGGCAAAAAAGGUUUGCACACUUUAAAGAUAAGAAAAAUGAAAGAAAUGUUUGUGUUUUCAGGAAAAACAAUCGUUUGUUCGUUUUUGGCGUUAAGAAGAUAAUGAGGCACUAAGUAUAAUACGUUUUGAAGAAGUUCAUUUGAAGUAUUGUUUCUGUGAACUAAUUUGAAAAAUUGAAAAAAGGAAAUGUCUUUGGUGUUAUUCAAAACAAGCAGAUGGUUUAUUUCAAUGGCUUCAUUAGGAAGCUGUAGUAAGGUGUGAAAUGUGCUAAAAGACCACUAUGCAGUAAUGAAGUAAAGUAGAAACAGAGGGCUUAAAUAUCAGGAGUACAUUAUCAAUUAAAUCAAAGCACAGAGUGUAUUAUGGAUUAGCUAGAAAUUUUUUAUGGACCAAUCACAAUCGCGCUCUUGUAUGACAUCAGCUGUGAUAAAGGCAUCAUGCUUGCUACAUCUUUUUGAAAAGUCAACUGAAGAUGGCUCACUGGUGAAAUUUGCAUCCGUAGUUUUUAAUAUCGAACUUGAUCGUCUUUACCUUCAAAGGACCAUCUCUCACCAGAGGCCAUGGCUGAUUUUACAAGGUAAUACUUCUACGCGGGAAAAAGUAAAAAAUCUCUUUGCCGCGGGGCAAACGAUGCCCGUCAAGAUUUUUUUUAUUGCGCGUUCGCUUAUUUUCGUUGUCUCAGGAAACACAACCGGGUGCGGGGAAAUGAAAUAAAGCACCUAGCGAGUGAACUUACGAUCAGAACAACAGUACCCAAACAUUUCAAUACAAAAUACCCGCGGGGGAUUUUCUUGAUAGUAUAAGGCAGGUCGUCUUUUAAUUUUUAUUUUAUUAUUUAAGAGGGAUCCUUUUCAAAUGCAUCUGUAUGGGAGAAAUUGUCGAUGUAACUAUCAAACGCGCGCGGCCGGUUAAAGCACUCACUAUUUUGCGAGUCUAUUGAGAUUUUAAGGGUAUCAUUAUCGAUCUGGUCAGGUUCGCGCACUCGAUAAAAAAAGGUAAGCAAGGGUUGAUACUUUACAACAUCUGCAUGUGAAUAGUUCUCUUUAUCUCUUGUUGACCUGCAUGUGAUGUAAAUUGACUGACUAGAAAAAUUGCGGCUAUUGAGAACUCGUAAGAUGAAGAUAAGAAUGAUAUAUAAAAAAAGAACUGCCCAACGUGAAAUUGAUCUCAGGUACCAAAAACUGCUAACAAAAAUUUCAUAACUGCUGUGUGCAAUAUUUUCUUCGUUGGUACAAAUACAUCACUCAGCCGACGGCUAACGAUCUAUGUUUAUUUUACUAUCUUAAAUUGCUGUUUGCGAUUCCUGAGGGCUCAACUAUAAGUUGAGAGAGGUAUACUGAGCAAUGUAAUGCCGCAUUUGUCAUGCUUAUACCUGAUAGGUAUGAUAAAGUUAUCUGUUAACUGACGUUUGUUUGAAGAUCGUCAAAUAUAACCCAGCAACCUUUUAAGAUAGCAACGACCUGCGUUUCUCAGUGUUAAAAAUGGCUUUAGAUAGACAGUCCGGUAUUGACUUUAUUUGCGCACCUGUAGAGGUGAGAUUUAUUGAGUAAGAGGCCAUCAUUGGGCCGGCGCGAAAUAGGCGCGUAAGUUUGUGAACCUGACAGAAUAUUAUUUUCAUUCUGGCGUCGAAAGAGAAUUUUAAACAGGGUCUGUUUGUUUGUUAUUUGCAGAGCAAAUGAGUCCUUUUCAACUCCUGCAGCUUUCAGCAAUUAGCGUCUUGGAGAAGAUUCGUUCACUCGAGACACAAAACAGUAAAACAGCCUGUACAACAUGGAGGAAAAAUCAAGGUUCUCUGCUCUAGUUCGCUACUUCAGGUCGUUGAAAAAAAUGGCGUGUAGUAGCAGAAGAGCUUCUGCACAUAUCACACAAACUACACAAACUGUCGUGCUUAACCGUGAAACUGUGAACAAAAUAACGCGACCUAUCCAUUUAUUGACGGCUUUUAUAGGCCAUCGGAGUAAACAUCAUCCGAUAUUGGGAACAUUUGGCCUGGUGAUGUGGAUUUUGAAUCUGGUGUGCCACUUUUCUCUGGAUUUCUACGAAGCAGCGCAUAUAUUUGGUUGGGCUUGGGCGACGGCGAUAGGCUUAUUUUUCGUGUCAUUCAGCUCAGGGACGUACAUGCUGAUUUCUGAUACACUUCCAUGGUUAGAAGACGGCUUAGAGAUUUUAAACGUGGACGGAAAUUUCUCCGAAACACUGGCAAAAGCCCAUGCCAUUGCUUCGGUAAGUGAUACAUUCUUAUCAAAGAAACGUGAAAUGAGAGUCAAAGGGCCGGCAGUUUCUGACUCUCAUUUGACUACCUUCUUCGAGUUCAACUAAAUAAUUGCAAACAAAUGAAAAAAACAAAACGCUUCGUCACAACACUAACAUCAUUUAUUUAAAAGCACUGUAUUCUUUACCAUCGUAUCGGCGUUUAUUCGCCAGUUUCUUAGCAUUUUCAAGACGCCCAAAUUGACGAGGCCAAGAAAGUGUCUGACACUUGAAGAACCGCGCCGCAAUAUCUUAUAUAUUUGCUUUCAUGAUGUGAAUUUUUCUUCUCUCAUUUAUUUCGAUUAAUGCAAACACAUUCAUUUAUUCUAUAUUGUGUUUAAUUUAAAAUUAUUGGGCGUUAUUUAAAAUCCCGCUGAAGAUUAGCCGUUGUCUGAAUUGAUUCAUAUUUAAGCCAAGAAAGAACACCCUUUUUGUCCUAUUUAAUGGCUGAAAUUGUACUGAUAUGAGGAGAAGGACGAGUAAAAAUUCUUAUGUCAACAGACAGUAGAUUCUUUCUUAACUAUUCGCGCACGAAGUUUGUAUCGUGCAACAUCCUUGAAAGUCACCUGUCAAAAACGAUUCAUGUCAUCGUUGGUCGUCAAAAAAUUAAAACUCUUUUUCAAACAGCUCACAUUUCAAUGACAAUAAAAUGUCGGUGAAAAUUGCGCUACUUCCGUCAAAUUAUUAUAUAAUUUUCGAUAUUUUUCGACGAGGCCGAACUUUGCUGAAAGUAAUAGGUAAGUAUUUAACAAUAUAUUGCAGUCCUCUGUUUCAUAUUCGGUUACUUUAACGGUCCAACCAGUAAAAUAACAUAUCAAAUUAACGCUUUAAUAAAAAGUAACUGCUCCCGGUGAAAUUUGCUUCGGCCCGUAAGAAUAUUGCUGGACAAAAGACCUAAGAAGUUUAGUUAAUCCAAGGUGAAUUAUUUUCAUUGAUUUGGGUUUACUUAAUUCGAGUCUUAAAAUAAGUCGUUCAGCGUUUACAUGUGAUAUUAUUAUUUGCUAUAAGGGAUAUUUACUUCUGCAAUCAGUAUUUACUUAUGCGAAUUUUGCCAGUAUAUAACUACAGUCAUUUACAUUUUAUUCAUUUAUCUUCUGACAAUAGCAGUUGAGGCAAUGGCAAGAAAUAAAUAGUUACUAUUUCCGCCGCUGCAAAAUCGGUGUUUUGGCGUUCCGGCCAAAGCCGGCUUGACAAUUCUGAGACUUGACUAAAUUACAAAACUGAGGUCGAAUUUAGGUUUCAGCGACACGUGUCGCAUGGCUUUCAUUGAUAUUCAUAACUUCAACGAUCAUUUUGCACCGAUCAAAACAAAUGAAAGGUGCCUAUUUAUGUGGUUUACUAACUUCAUGCAGUGUUCAUGAACCACAUGAGGAUUGCGAACAAUUUCAAGAUGAGCGUUGCUUCUCACUUUCAGUAUAAAAUACGGAAAUAUCUAUCAGCUUAAUUAUUCAGCAUUACUGGAUUCGUAAUUAAUUCGUUUUGAAAGACAAAAAAAAUGAUCAGCAAUUAUUUUCCUUUCUUGAACCCAGUGGUUUGCCAAUAACAACAAAUGUUUUUAUUUUCGAAAAGUAUAGGUCUAAACUAAACUAAUCUGAUGUCAUUUAUAGCACUCAGUGAAAAUACAAAAGUAAGCUAUUCUAACAAACUCAGCUGAUUUUGCAACCUUUUGAUCAUUUGCUGGAACUUAUGAAACACUGCGAACGUUUAAUUUGCCUUCUAACAGGGGGUCUAUGCAUGGUACAGCUGUGACAUUUAAAGUCACAGCGGCGUUCGAAAAUUCUAGAACAUGUAGAUAUUUUAAAGACAUUUACGCUCUACGUUCUUUAAAAAUUAAUGGCUACAAACGAUGGGCUUUUUUGCCGUCGCUGUCUUGCAUAAUAACUUUCUUGGUUUACAAUCUCGUGGUUAUUUCCUUAGGGCAUCGUUAAAAUCCACGUAAUGGUUGCAAACAAACAAACCAUAAAAACAUAAACGACUUCCUAAAACAAUUCUUAAAGAUAAAUAUCUUUAUUUUUCUGCAUUGAAAAAAACUGCCGUAUCCCACGCAAAAAUAUCAAGACGACACGGAGAUCAAGGGCAUCGCAAUUAUGCAUAGAGUCAACUCCAAAGUCGGGAUAUUGAAAACAUGCGAAAAAAUAAAAACAUGAUAGUUUUCUUUCCAGCCAACAGAGGAAAAUUUUAAAUCUCCUAAUAUUAUCUGUACCUUUUGACGGAUCAGUUUUAAUCAGAAACGUUAACGCUGCCGCUUAAACUGAAAAUAAUUCUCCUUUAUUUUCCACACAGUUCUAAACUGGGAUCCCUACUAUUAAGUAAGGCGCGUGUUUAGCUAUCAAAUAUUUGCAGUUAAUCGUCUUCCUCCAAAUAAGAGUCAACAUUUUUCACUGAAUCACACUUUUUGAAGUCUAGUUGAGUCCAAACAUUGUAGUCAUUGAAGGGAGACAAAAUUAAACUUCAAUUUUAUCUCCCUACAAUGAAUGAGUAGAAUGUUUGGAGUCAACCUUACUUCAAAAAGUGUGAUUGAGUUCGCAGAUAUUUUUAUCCUACGGACACCAUGUUGAGAGUAAAGAACAAUAACAACGGCACUUGACACGAGAUCUAUUAUGGAUAUUUUCUGACGCCCGAGUUGGAAAUCUUGAAGCCUUGGAGAUGAAAUUCAAAGUAUGUAUUUUUAACUUUGCUGUUCAGUGUUACUGACAAUUGUUUAGAACGGCGGUACCGCCUUUUAAACCAUUGAAGACUCAUUGAGUACAUUUAACGUCACUCAUUAUCAUCUUGGUAUUUUUAAAACAAAAAAAAUCCAAAUUGAGAGAAGGAUAAAAAAAAAUCAUUUUCCAAGAAAAUAAAGAGGAAAAAGUUCCACUCAAAAGCACCGUUGGAGAGAUUUCGUUUGAAUGGCCGCACAGCACAGGAUUUCACCUACGAAGCUAAAAAUUAUACUUACACCAUGCCAUUAUCCGUAAGCCAGUAUAUUUAUAGAAUAAAGAGCUGUUAAUAUGCUACACAGGCGACAAUUUAUAAAAAGGAGCGCAAUUAAAAGUUUGAAAGCUCCCGACAUUGGUGUAAAUUACAACAUGUUCAUUAAUUUCAUUAGUUUCAGCUAGAGAGUUGUGGAUAUUAUGUCCUCUCGGUGGCUCACUAAUGAAGCAACUAUGAUAUGUAAAACCCCAGUUGGCGAUCAGUAACUUCAAAUUACGUAUACUGCAAAAUAUAGUUAGUAUAGGAGACUGGUUAUGAAAGCCGGAAAACAUCAAAGUUGAAGUAGUUUAUGUUAGGAGCUCCUAGACUUUGUAGUCUUUGUUCACAAAUUGUGACUGAAUAAAUUAAUCCGAUGUUUCUAUUGGUCAGUAAGUUCAAAAUGAUAGGAAUACUAUUGAACGUUGUGCGCUGUCAGGUCCAAAAAAGCUAACAAAAACAUAUAACCAUUCCACUUUAAUAACUGUGUGCAAAAAAAGGGACAUGAAUAUAAAGAAAGGAGCCUACAAAAUGGCAUCCUCGGAGACCCAGGGCCAGUCAGUCGGGCCGGGAGAAAAGGCGCGACGAAAGUUUUCAAGCAUGGGCGGAAGAGCCCCUGGGUACCUACUCUCACCGGACCAUUUCCAAACGGUCAAGCGAAUACUGGCUCCUGAUUGGGCACAAAAAGUGCUUUGUAUUAUUGUGCCCAAUCGGCGAACAAUUUCUCCUGAGUCCUUUUCGUGAGUUCGUACACGACGGCUAUUAUCUCGCCACAGUUGCCCGGUUCGUUCACCAAGCUUUCCUAACCAGACAAAGGAACUACCGAUGAGUCGACGUUUCGGACGCUAUCAGCAGGAGCAAUUCAAUUUGCAAUGAGAAAAUUCUGUUUCUGAGGGAUCACAAUGUAUCGUAAAUAAUAGGAAGUUUAAGAUGCGGCGGCGACAAGAAAUCAAAAACAGCAACAGCUUGACAAAGCAAAACAACAAUUUUGCACUUGCAUCACGCUUUUACAUUUCUUUGCCGUCACUGCAGGAUUACCACGUGAAAAUGCCUAGUUUCACGUUUUGUGAAGGACGUAAACAAGCAAUGAGUGACAAAAUUUUCUUUCUCUUUAUGAACUUGGAUAUGGUUGAUAGAAAUUCAGCUCCAGAAGAGUUCGCUUGCAUUUAACAAAGUAAGCGAGUUGGAAUAAUCACGAUAGAGACUGAAAAAAUGUGAAUUCAUAUUUUAUGCGACGUUUUCGUGGCUGUCAGCGUGGCAUCUUAAACUCCCUAAUAUUUACGAAGACGUGAUCGAUGCAAUCGUGAAUACUUGUUGUAAGCUCAAGCUUGUAUUUUCGGAAAAGCGUCUUUAGUUUUCGGGUAGACAGUAUUUUGAAAUGGAGAGUUUAUAUCAAACUGAAAGUUUCCUGACUGCGUGCAUUUCUUUGGUGCAUGAACCAGACAAGCCGUGAUCGAGUCAAUAGCCGUCAUGUACGAACUCACGAAAAGAACUCAGGAGAUGCUGUUCGCCGAUUGGGCACAAUAAUACAAAGAAUUAUUUGUGCCCAAUCAGGAGCUAAGUAUUCGCUUGACCCAGGGGCUCUUCCGCCCGUGCUUGAAAACUUUCGUCGCGCCUUUUCUCCCCGCCCGACUGACUGCCCCUGGGUCUCCGAGGAUGACAAAAUGGCCACUCAGGGACGUAUCAGAGGGACGCAUAGAGUAUUUACAAGGCCUGGGAAGAGGCCUUACAGGGAAUCGAGGAAAUCAUAGUUAGUAGAGGAGACUGACGGCAAAUAGUAAGGAUAAAUACAACGAAACUUUGUCGAAACGUCAGUCACUGUCAACAACAACAGUCCUAUUCAGGACUACGUUCACCUGGGCGAUCAUACUUAACCUACUUAUAAAAACAACGGUUGGGAACUCCGUGACGGUGCACAAUCCGUUGUUUUUGUACACAAAUCGUGACUGAAAAAAUUAAUGCGACGUUUUUAUUGGUGUAAAAGAUAAAAAAAAGUGGAAUUCAAAUCAAGUCCGCAAAAACAUGUUAAGCCUGGUUCUCAUGAUCACAUGCCGCCGCUACUGCCUGCGAUACUACUCAGACAUAUGAGGACAUAACGGCGCCGGCUCAAGAAACAUCGCAGGUCUUUACCGCCGGCAUUCCUGCGAAGUCGAACUCUUGUCAACUUCGCAGGCAUGCCGGCGGUUAAGACUGAGAUACUAGGGAGUUUUAGCAACGACGGCGGCGACGGCAGCGAGACCGUCAAAACAGCAAUAGGUUUAUUGAGAAAAACAACAGGUUUGCACGUGCAUCACGCUUUUCUGUACAUUUCUUAGCCGUCACUACGAGACUACGACUUGAAAAUGCCUAAUUUCACGUUUUAUGAAAGACGUAAACAAGCGACGACGAAAUUUUUUCUCUCUCUUAACUUGAAUGCGGUCCCCAAGAAAUCAACUCUAGAGAAAUUUGCCUUCUUUAGACAUUUUCACCGAAUUAGCAUAAAAGCGAAAAAGUUUGAAAAAACGCCAAUUCAUUUUAAAAGUGACGUUUUCGCUGCCGUCGCCGUCGUCGAUGCUAAAACUCCCUACUGCUGGGCUGUUGCCGGCGAUUUCUGUUCUCACAUCGGAACGGUAUUGCAGAAAGUACUGGCAACUAUGUCGGAGUCAUGUCGCAGGUAGCUCGGCGGCAAAUGAGAACCAGGCUUAACAAAGGAGUCUGACUGGUGUCAUAGCCAUUCCAAGGUAAAGCAUCUCGAUCUGCACCUUUUCAAACAACAAAGGAUCAUGAAUUACGUGCACACAGCAACUGAAAUGACUUGGAGCCGUUCGCAGAAGGAAAAAAAUCUUGUUUUUUUCGUUUAACUCGCUGAAACGCUUUAUCUGGAGGAUGAAAGAGUGUGAUGCGGGCUCAGGCAGUUUAGUUUACAGAUAAAAAGUAUAAAGUAUAACCAUUUGCUUACCGGCAGCACUGCUUACGGCACAAUUGUUUAUCAACGCUACGCUUUUAAAGGUUGCCAUCAACUUCCGAAAGAUCACUUUCAAAGUCAAACAACACAUUCAUACCGAUUGAAAAAUCUCGCUAACAUUUGUUUCGUGGUUUUGAUUUCUUUGUUUGGCAGUAUACGAUGCGUCUCGUUUUCACUAGCGAAGGAAGUCGGAGUCGAAGUCGUAGUCAGAGGCGUAGAGCUUAUGAUCUAGCGAAAACAGCGUUCCGAUUCUGCUUACGAUUCUGUCGCUUACGUUCCGCUCAUGAUCUAGUGAAAACCAGAUUGUCGGAGUCAGAAGGAGAAGCGGAAGAAGCAAACCAAUAACAAAGCGAAAUUACGUGCAUUGUGAUUGGUUUAUCCUUCCGCUUCUACUUCCAACUCCGACAAUCAGCUUUUCACUAGUUCAUAAGUGGAAACGUAGGAGACGGAGUCGUAAACGAAGUCGGAAGAAAUUGAAAUGUUCCGAUUCUUCUGACUUCGAUACUGUGGCGCUUAUGACUCCACUUACGACUCCGACUCCGACUCCGUCGCAGGUGAAAACAAGCCUUUAGCAAGCACCUGUCGCGACACGCCCUUUUUGAACGCAGCCGUGACUUGCCCGCGUGAAUUGAGUAUAAAAGGUGAUUUUGCAUUGCCAGACCGGAUGUGAUUGGCUGAAGGUUAUUUCACGGACUUUUUCCCGCCAAUCAGAGCAAACAGCCGAACCAAUCAUGACUCGGUUACACGCUUUUUCCCGCGCUUUGCGCCGGCUGCAUCUGAUUGGUUCAUUCGAUUUAGUCUGGUGCGAUUGGCUAAUGUUAACUGUAAAAGGUUCUCACUUCGAUUCUUGUUUGAGAAAUUCUAGUUAAUAAAUGAAUCAUUUGCUUCAUGCAUUUACUAAAUCUUAAUGUUUCUUUAAUUUAGAAACUGCCCUGGCUUCUACCCGUCUUCAGCGUGCUUGCAGCGUGCGGGCAGUACGUUUGUUAUUUCAUUGACGAUGCAGUGCAACUUGAUCUAGGCAAGCCUUGGCUGAGCGUGCUCCUUAACAUCAUAAGAGUUUUCAGCUUGCUUCAUGUGCUAUACGGCUAUAUAUUGUUCCUUGUGAUCGUUCUAUUCGUAAUGUAUGUAACUGGUGCCUCAAUGAAGGAAUUCAGAGGUAAAAACUAUUAUUUGUUUGUUACUUUGUUUGCCUUUCCAUCAACAUGUAUUGGAGGCGUAGUAGAGUAAAGCCCAGCGCGUUGGAUUUUAGAUAGAUGGUUCCACGAGCCCUCAUAUAAACUGCCAUCCAAUUAUUUUCCUUUUGUUCAUAUUCAGGUUCCCAUACAUAGUUAACGACAUAAUGUUAAUGGUAACCUGUAAUGAAAUGGCAUCUGAUCAUGAUCUAGAGAAUGUAAAAAUUGUUCUACGAGAUCUCGCCCUGAUCCCACCCAAGGCUCCGUAGCGUGUCUCAAAUUUAUGCAGUUUAGUUAUUUUGUACUCAUAGCAAUGAAAACACCACAAAAUCUUACUCUUUUCCCAUUAAUAAGGAGGAUAGCCUGUUUCAGGUUCCAACAAAAAAAAUUGCGUCAAAACCAUGUGGGGGCUCGGGAGAGACAAACAAGGGCGAAGAGUGGGGCGGAAGGGGGGAGACAGGUUAUUAAGAUCACGACAAGUAACCUUCCUGUCUUGCUGAUUUUAGACGGUGUCGAGUGUGAGUUUCGCGAGCCUCAAGUCCGGUUGACAUUCCGCGAGGCUGUUCAGCUGUUUGAGCACCGAUCUCAAUUCAUCAGAAGAUCAUCAGACGCCUGUUUGGUGAGAAUUUUUACCUACUUUUCCUUUUUCUUUUGUUUCUUUUUAUAAGGGCGGCUGAAGAAACCUAAAUUUUGUGUAAAUAAAACUGAUCCACUGCGGAAAGAAACUAGAAAAAGACAUGUCCAAAUGUCUGGCAUCGCGUAUCAAAACGUUAUCACGGGCGCCCGUUCCUCGUUAACUCCGUUAUCUUGAACUAUAGUUUCGGCAUGAAUUGACCUUUGCUCAGGAGUCGCAUUUUCAAACUGCGUGUGGGAUCAAGUUCCGCCAAGUUUGCAAUAGAAGAGGCGAUCACCGUUCCCAAAACAGUCCCAUAGAACAAUUCGGCACAAAACCGACCCAGGCUUUCUCUCAAACUCAAAGUGGCCAAUAUGUUUAAGACUCUUCAUGAAUGGUGUAGAGGUAACAGAACCAAAGGGUAGAAAAUAGAAGGAGGGUCUGGGUAAGCAAAGUGUUGGUCAUUAAACGAGACUACAAAUUAAAACAGGAAUCGUAGACCCAGUUCAAUGUCAUCUCGUAAAUUUUUUACAAGGUCUUGCUUAUGGCUAAUUAUUCAAAGGCCUCCUAUCAUUACUACUGUAACGCAUAAGCCCUGGAAUCAAGUUUAAAUAUCUUAACCACUAAUAACUGGUUUGCAAUUUUUUUUUCUGUACUCUUUCUAGUUUAUACUGUGUAACCUCGUCCUGACGACAGUUCUUUCGUUUGUCAUCAACGGCUACAACUUUUUAUUCUUUAACCGACGAGCAAUUUAUCUUUGGUUUGCGUUGGUUCCCAUGCUAUGGAGCGCAGCACCGCUGAUCUUAGCAGCGUGGGCGACAGAAAACUAUCAGGCUUAUGUUGCGUCGGUGGUUAGAUCCUGGGGCGAGCAUCCGGAAUCGGACGAAAGUGAGUCGGAGGGGGAGGACAUGGACGAGUAUCAAGAAGCGAUGAAAAAGCUCAAGGUCAAUCGUUCUCGAAGCGUUCUCAUAGCCAGCACAAAUUUAUUAAAAACGCUCACGCGCAAAAGACUCAUUUUACGACAAGACAGGCGUAUGUCUGUCGCAGCCAUGAGAAGAGAAUCACAGCUUAGCGAGGCCAGAGGCUCCCUGGUAGACGAUGCUUCAUCAAACGGAACCAACAGAAACCUCUUGGGAAUCCAAAACCCACUACGAUUGGUGGAUAUGGAGACCGGAAGUGAAGACACGUUUGCGGACUCACCGAUGCCUUCGACUUGCAUUCUAAACCCGAGUUUCACACCAAACCCAAUGAAUCCGCCUUCUUCGGGAGACAAAAAGAAGAAAAGCAAGUUUAAUUUCAAAUCCUAUGUGAUGUACCUACAGGGACUUAUCAAGGAAGUUGGGUUUUCCGUAGGGGGAAUGAUCCUAAGUUGGGAAAAAGUUUCCAGUGUUGGAAUAUUGUGGGUUUCGGUAUUGGCAAUCUUCAUUCAAGAAAUCGUGUUUGGAAACAGAAAAAGCACACUGCUGACGUGACACAAAUACAAAACACUUUUCACAAAUUUGUAAAUAGUUUUGUACCGAAUAUUACCACCCGAUGCACACGUGUGUCUUAGCCGUCACCGAUACAUCUGUUGCAGUAAUAUUUUUGUCUCAGUUAAUGUUUAUUUUUCCAUUGUUUUCGGG